AUGAAAUCUCUUAAGAUAAGAACUGAUUAAUAUUUAAAAAAGAGUGAAAUAGAUUAGAAUUAAUUAAUAACAACAUUACCAUAUUGUGUAAAAAUUGUAAGUUCUGAAGAAGAUGAAAUGAAUGAUAUAAUUAAAUUAGAAUUUGAUAGAGUUAAUUGCAUUCCUUUAAAUGAAAUCAUUACAUUUAUUGUAAUUCAUAUUUAAUUAUCAUUUUUAGGAUCUUCUUUUAUUUAGAUUUACUCAUGGAUAAAUAUUUAGUCUUAUUCAUAAAUUAUUAGAUUUAAUAGAAAAACUAAAAUAUUAAAAUAUCAAUGAAUAUUAUAUAUGGUUAAUAUUCAAUUAAUAACAUAACCAAAGAUUAGAAUUAUCUAAACGAUCUUUUUUAGAUUAUCAAUUAUUUUAUUCAUUUCCUUUAUAAAACAAAGUAGAAUAAGAUAAAUCAUAAAUUAUUAAAUUAAUUACUAAACUUUUAUAAUUAUGUGAGUAUAUUCCAUCAUGUUUUUAUUUUAUUGAAUCAAAUAAACCUUAUAAAAUUUAUGAAAAAGUACUUAAAUAAGAAUUUCAAUAAUUUUAAUAAAAAUUUAAUGAUUAUUAUAUAAAUCCAAAAAAUAUUGAUUAAUAGAAUUAGAUUGAUUUGAAUAUUGAUACAAAAGAUGAUUAUGUUUAGAAUUAAAAUGAUUUUUAGAAAUUAGAAAUGUUUGUUUCAGAAUAUAUUAAAUAAAAUGAUAAUUUAUCACCUUUAGACACUGUUUUAAAUCAAUUGUUAAAAUAUUAUAAAUUCAAAUUAGGUUUAAUAUCUAUAGGUAUGCAUGCUAAUAAACAGUAAAUAAACAAAAAAUAUGAAUUAAAACAUUUAAACUGCAUCUUUGAAUUAAAAUCAGAACAAUAAUUGAUUAAAUUAAUUUCACAAAUUUUUUAAAGUUUGAAUGAGCAAUAAGAAAUAUUAAGAGACUCUAUUAAAUAUGAAGAUUAUCAAUUAAGUUAAAAAGAAUUAUAAAAUUUAUAUGAAUCUGCUGCUAUUACUUAUUUUAAACAUCAAGGAUAUUUUAAUUCUUUUGAUUAAUUUAAUGAAGUAAGACAAUAAAUUAUCGAUAAAUAAUUCAAUUUUGAAGAUAAAUUCUAAUAUAUUCUUAAACCAUUUAUUUAAGAACAUUAUUCUUACAUUGUUGAGAUCAAAAUUUUAGAAUUGAUAAAUGAAUUAAUAUGA